CGGCAGGAAGUUGGCAACGGAGGAUGAUGACUUCCUGCACAGCGUCUGCUUACACACGUUUGUGUAAAGCUCCCACACACUAACACACCCAAACUCAAACUCACACACACACUUAGAUGCACCCAAACGUACACUUAUUAGCAGACACUAACAAACCCUGACACAUAAACACACUAACACGCACUAGUAAACACUGACAUACACAAACAUUCAUCAAUGCGCACACACUCAGUUACAACUAUACAUACUCGCACGCACUAAGACGCAGUCAUACACUCUAAUAUGCACAUACGCACACUAGCACUUACACAUACUCACACACUAAAAUGCACACUCAUACACGUUCUAGCAUGUACACUCUAUUACACAUUCAUACACACUAACAAACUAACACGCAUGUACUUAUGACGCAUUUUUAACACACUCUCAUGCAUUUUAACACACACAAAUGCAAAUGCACGCACACUAACAUACGUGUUAAUCCCCACACUCCUACACACACAAAAAUACACACUGAUACAAACUGACACACGCUAACACACACAUGGACACAAAUACAAUGGCGCACGCACACACUAACACAUUUGCACACACACUUAACAUGCACACAUAUGCACACCCACGCCCACGGGGCGAUCAUUUACAUUUUUUGUAUUUUUCGCCGCGCAGUUUUGCUGUCCGGCCGCGGCCGCCAUGAUGAGCGACAUCUACGAUUCGGCGUGCGACUCGUUGGGUCUGCUGGAGUCGCCGUGCCUGACCAAAGUGGAGCUGAGGCUGACGUGUAAAGGGAUCAGCGACCGCGACGCCCUGUCCAAGCCCGACCCGUGUGUGGUGCUCAACAUGAAGUCCCACGGACAGUGGAUGGAAGUGGACCGCACGGAGGUGAUGCGCAGCUGCGUCAACCCGUCCUACUCCAAGGUCUUCACGCUGGACUUUUACUUUGAAGAGGUGCAGCGUUUGCGCUUUGAGCUGUACGACAUCAACAACAGCAACUACAACGGCCUGAAGGACGCCGACUUCCUGGGCGCCGUGGAGUGCACGCUGGGACAGGUAGCCCGGUCGGCCCCUCGCUCGCGUCGGGUGACCUGUGCUGGCACGACAAACGCUAACGCUGACGCUAAUGUUUGUGGCGUGCGCUUCCAGAUCAUCUCUCAGAGGAAACUGUCCAAAGCUCUGCUGAGGCCGGGAGGCAACGUGGGGAAAACCAUCAUCACGAUCACAGCAGAAGAGCUGACGGGAAAUGAUGACUACAUCGAGCUUUCCUUCAGCGCCAGAAAGCUGGAUGACAAGGACUUUUUCAGCAAGUCCGACCCGUUCCUGGAGAUCUAUCGUCUGAACGAGGAUGCCACGCUGCAGCUGGUCUACAGGACGGAGACGGUGAUGAACAACUUGAACCCUGUGUGGAAGACGUUCAAAGUUUCCCUCAACUCGCUCUGCAACGGGGACCAUCAGCGCAAGUUGCAGUGCACGGUGUGGGACUGGGACUCAAACGGGAAACACGACUACAUUGGAGAGUUUGAGGCCACAUUCCAAGAGAUGCGGGGUGCCAUUGACGGACGACAGGUGCAGUGGCCGUGCAUAAACUCCAAAUACAAAGUGAAGAAGAAGAGUUACAAGAACUCCGGCAUCGUCAUCCUCAACCAGUGCAAGAUUAUCAAGAUGCAUUCCUUCCUGGAUUACAUCAUGGGGGGCUGCCAGAUCCAAUUUACUGUGGCCAUCGACUUCACGGCGUCCAAUGGUGACCCACGCAACAGCUGCUCCCUGCACUACAUCCACCCGUACCGACCCAACGAGUACCUCAAGGCGCUCGUCGCCGUGGGAGAGAUCUGCCAGGACUAUGACAGUGACAAAAUGUUCCCGGCGUUCGGCUUUGGUGCUCGCAUCCCUCCCGACUACAAGGUCUCCCAUGACUUUGCGGUGAAUUUUAACGAGGAGAACCCCGAGUGUGCAGGCAUCCAGGGCGUGGUGGAGGCCUACCAGGCCUGCCUUCCAAAACUUCAACUCUAUGGACCUACCAACAUUGCUCCCAUCAUACACAAAGUGGCCAACUCCGCCUCGCAGGAGGUUCACACCAAAGAGGCCAUGCAAUACUUCAUCCUUUUGAUCCUGACGGACGGCGUGAUCACGGACAUGGCGGACACGCGCGAGGCCAUCGUUCAGGCAUCGCACCUGCCCAUGUCCGUCAUCAUCGUGGGCGUCGGGAACGCAGACUUUGGAGACAUGCAGAUGCUGGACGGGGACGACGGGAUCCUCAGGUCGCCCAGAGGAGAACCCGUACUCAGAGACAUCGUACAGUUUGUGCCCUUCAGAAACUUCAAGCAUGCAUCGCCGGCAGCGCUGGCCAAGAGCGUUUUAGCCGAGGUUCCAAACCAGGUGGUGGACUACUACAACAGCAAAGGCAUCAAGCCCAAAGUGGCAAGUCAGUACCAUACCUCCAGAACCUUUGGACCUUGAGGGGGUUGAGUCACCGCCUCCAACAAGUUCGGCCCAUAACAGAAAAGCACAACUUGUUUUUUUUUUUGUGUUUUGACGCGAAUAUUCAUCAACCAUAGUUUGUUUUGUUUACAUGUGUAGUGUCCACAUUGGGAGCACGCGAUUGAUUAGCUAGCGUGUUAUCUUAACUAGCACUUAGUCGCAUAUUGUAGCAGCCCCUCGUUGUGUUGGACAAGUGUUAGCACAUUCUUUCAACACUUUGAAUAACUAGAGCAACUUUUAGCGUCUUUUCACUUGAAUAAUAUAUACAUACACAUCCACGUACACAAGACUACCAAUAAUAACUGUUAAUGACCCUAACUUGCAGUUUUGACUGCUGACAACCGCUAACGAUUGCUAAUGACAGCUAACAACCACUAAUGACUACUGAUGAUCACUAGUGGCUGCUAAGAAAUGCUAACUAAUGAUUUGUAGGAGCUACUAAACAGUAACACCCGUUAACGACUACCAGUAAUAGCUAACGACGACUAAGCACUACUGAUACUGCAUACGUACUACUAUUUUUGGGUGUAUGGUGAGAGAUAACUACUGGUAAUCGGGUAAAAAAAAAAAUCACUGCUAUUGACCACUAUCAACUGCUACUGAUCCCUAACAACAACCACUAGGUAAUGUACAACUAGUAGUAACAGCUAAUGACUGCUAAAACCAGCUAGUAACCGCAAAGAACUGCGAAGAACCACUAACGACCACGAGUGAGUGAUAGACAACAGAGGCUUCUCAUCUAAGCAUCUUCUCUUGAAUGACCACUGGUGACCGGUAAGGAAUGCUAACUAUCGCUAUUGACUGGUAGAAACCAUCAAUACCCGCUAUCAACCUCUAAUUAUUACAAUGUCUCACAGUUCUUAGACUAAGGACCAUUAAUAGCAGUUAUUACACGUGCUUAUCUUCUCACUAAUAACUGCUAAUGGCCUCUAACGACUGCUAAUAACUACCAGUGCACACACUCAUUGGAGCAUUUACUUGUCAGAUCAAUCCUGACAACAGCGAACAACUGCUAAUGGUCUAUACUGACUGCUUACUACUACUAGUGUCUGCUAAGGAAGACGAAUGACCACUAAUGACUCGUAACAAUUUAAGACAACUCGUAGCAAUUUAACACCUUAUUGUGACUGCUAAUGACCACUGGUGACUGGUAAACACCACAAAUUACUGCUAACAAUUGGUAAGCACAACUUGACACCUUUUAAUGACCACUAGAGACCAUUAAGGACUGCAAGGGUUCACAGUUUGUGCUUUAUGCAUAAGCGGAUGCUAGCAAGCUGUAAGCAUCUGUCAUGCAUGCCAGGUAGAGAAAAGUUUUGCACUGUGAGCGUGCACGUUGUUGACGUGUUGUCUGGAAGUUUAGUGCACGUGAUUUACAAGCCCACAGUUUGUUUUUGGACGUUUAUGGUAACUUACAGUAGCUCGCAGCAUCAGUGAGUCGUGCAUGAGAUUGUGCGGUUUUGCAUGGCAUAUCUACUAGCAUGCUAGGUCAAAACAUGCAGUAUCGUAUUCACAUUUAAUGAAAUAUCUCCUAGCGUGUUAUUAUGUAACAUCUGCUUGCGUGCUAUGUCAAAACAUAUCCACUAGCAUUUUAUGUGAUGUGUACUAGGAUGGUAUGACAUAACAUUGACUAGCAUAGCUCUAAACAAAUCCGUUAGCAUUUAUAGAAUGUGUGCUAAUGCAGUUUUGAUGUAACAUCUGCGAGAAUGCUAUGUCAAAAUAUCUAGUGUGUUUUGACCUAACAGUGCGCUGCAUCAAAACAUCCGCUCGAAUUUUAUGAUGUAAUGUUUUGCUAGUGUCCUGUAUCAAAAUAUAUGCGCGAGAAUUAUAUGAUGUUAAAUUCUGGUAGCAUUCUUAGUUAAAACAUUUUUCCCAGCAUUUUAAGUCGAGAAAUGGCUAACGUGAUGUCUCAAUAUAUCUGCUAGUGUUUUAUGACGUAAUUUCUGCUAGCAUGCAAGGUCAAAACAACUUAGCUAGCAUUUUACGUGAUAAAAAUGUCUGACAACAUGUUAUGAUUAUUAUUGGAUGUUUUGAAAGCAUCCUAGGACAAAACAUAAUCUACUGGCAUUCUAUAAAAUAUCUCCUAGCAUGUUAUGACAUAACAUCUUGUUGUGUGCUAUGCCAAAACACAUCAGCCAGCAUUUUAUAACAUAACUAACAUGUUGCUGGUAAGCGAUGUCAAAAUAUCGGCUAGCACUUUUGAUGAUGAAAAAUGCGUAGUUAUGAUGUAACAUACUGUAUGUUUGAGCAUUUAUGCUAGCAUUUUCGGGUGUGACUUUUUUAUGCUAACACGUUAUGUUACAUAUGCUAUCAUGCUAGGUCAAAACAUCUGCUAGCAUUCUAUGCAUUUCAUGAGCAGUUUACUAGAAUACUACAAUGUAACAUGUCUGCUAGCAAAGUCGUUUGCUAGCUUGACAAGCAUAGACUCCGAAGCACAAUUUCCUUAUUUUACAAAAUAGUUAUGUUUCCAUGGAAACAGUCUGUGUUUCCCUCUGAUAUGUUUGGAUCUUUUGUCUUCCUAGUGGCCAUUUUGAAGCCUCUCGUCUUCGCUGACGUGUAAUGUUUGAUACAAGACGGCGGACGGGUCACAUGACCUAAUGACAGCAA